CUCGAGUAAAAAUAUGCUUUAACAUCCGACAAGUUAUUCCUUAUUUAAUUGCAAUGCUGUUUGUUUUGAAUGAAUGAAUGAUUCGUGAUUCGUAUCGCUUUGUUCAUUUGAUCAUAUGUAAAGAUGAUAAUUGUGUGGAGUUUAAUCAUCUGCGCGCUCAUCUCACCGGUUCAUUGUUCGGAGUUUCUUGCCACUGUUAGGACACUUUUUGGAGACUUUGUGCAGUUUGGACAUGCUCCAGACAUGGUGAUGGAGAGAUGUAGUGUACAGGUGCUAUAUAACUGCUCUAUGGCCUGUAGAAUAGGGGUUGAAAUUGUUCUUUCCACCCCAGCAAGAACUGGAGUGAUUGUAUUCAGAAAGACAUGGAAACACGAGCGUUUUGGAAAACCCAGAUCCAGGAAGGUUCCUCUGGUUUUUCCUCCAGCUGUUGUUUACCAGAGGGACUUUUUCAUCAGGAGGCCGGUGGAGGUGCAUGAUGUGGUGCUCAGGGCCUGGAUACUUCACCUGGGUGAAGAGGAAAUUGGUGGUAAACGAGUUGGAGGAUUUAACCAAUCUCUUAUGAAAACUUCAAAGUAUUUGAGGACACUACCACCCUCUGAACGCCCAGCACGUCCAUGGACGAGAUCGGUGUCAUGGGGAUCUUGGCUGAUGUGGCAGCUGACUAAAGAUAUGGUCAAAAUAUGUCUACAUGAGUCAGAUACUGUGGAUCUCUUGACUUUUCCAUUUGCGAGUACUGGUGAGAAAUACGGCGUCAUGCACACAUUCUCCUCCUUCAGGAACAGAGAUCUGGAGAGAAGACGCACCCUUGCCAUCAAACAGCCAAGUGUGACUUUGUCAGUAUGGCUUUACCUGCUGAGCUGGUGCAACAAGUCACUGUGUGGGAUAUUCAAGAAUGUGAAUGAGCACAGGAAAUAUGGAAGCCCGCUCAUCAUGAUGUCUGACACAGGUGAUAUAGUGCUGCAGGUGUGUAUGGCAUCGGGCAAGGAACGAGCCUUCACAGCGCACACAGCUUUACCACUCCACACCUGGAUCCGUCUGGACAUCUUCCUUAAGGUGUCAAAGAUAAAGGUCACAGUGACAAAGGUUGGACCCACAGGAAAAACAGUGGAGACUACUCACUUAUUUGAUUUUCAUCAGCCAAUUCAAUACAAUGACACAUCAGGAUAUUUUAUGAUUGGUGGAUGCAACUACAUGCAAGGCAUUCAUGGCUAUUUUGGACCAAUAAGAUACUAUCGCUUAGGUUCUGAAAAGGUGAUAAACCCCAUGUCCCCUGUUAGGACACUGAAAGAAUUGGACAGAGUCCACAGAAACUGUGAGGAAAUGAGACAGGUGACUGAGAGCUACCGACAGGCUUUGAGACACAACCACAAGUCUACAGAUGUUUGUGAGUCUUAUGGAAGUCUGUGGAGAACGUUUGGCCAUAGGGAAUGCGCACAGACCUGGUCGUGGGACCAGCAAAGAAAAUUCAACAUCACUUUGAAACUUCUGGAGGACAACCAGGACAUUCUGACAGGUCUACAGGGAAGCAGCACAUUUUUACGGCAUCUAAGCCAUAUGAUUUUCCAUGACGUGGUGAAGAAAAUAUCUAAAGCAGAGGAAUCUGACCAGGGUCAGAAGCUCAUGUCCUCUGUUUUAGAGCUGCUUCAGGUGUCCAGUUGCUGGGGUCACCAUCACUCCUCUCUGCUGCUCGCUACACUACACCUGGCGGGCCUGGGCAUCCCUGUGGACCUUGAGCAGGGUCAUGUUUAUAGUCUGAUUGGCGGAGUCAGUGACAACCGUCUCUCUCUGAUGCAUUUGGGAUACAAACACAUGCAGGGACUCGACGGUUUCCCCAAAGACCACAAUACUGCAUAUGGAUACUAUGCCAACAUUGGCAAACAAACCAGCAUUGACCAUGAUAAAGUACAUGACUCUGGGCAAACACUCAUAGAACACGUUCAUUUAAACAACGAUGAUGAGCUCCAAACUCAGACAGGAGAGUCCGGUGAUAUUGUGCAAUAUUUGAAACACCAAGCUGAGAGAGGAGAUGUAGAAUCUCAGAAAACUCUGGCCAGGAUGCUUCUGUGGGGCAGUAAUGGGGUGGGGAAGGACAUCAGAGCAGCAAUGAUGUGGUAUGCCAGAAGUGCCCUGCAGAUGACCGAUCCAACCGCCAUGUACGACUAUGCCAUUUUCCUCCUAAAGGGAACAGGAAUGAGGAAGAAUCAAACUCUUGGCCUCGAGCUCCUGGAGAAAGCUGCUGACAUGGGUUCUGUAGAAGCUCUGAAUGGCCUCGGGUGGUACUACAGUACCAUAGUGAAAGAUGGAAAAAAGGCGAUCCAAUACUUCGAGCUGGCUGCUCAGAACGGCAGUCGUGAUGGACUCUUCAACGUGGGCGUUUACCAUCUAAAUGGUGCCAAUCCUGAAAAACCAGACAGGAAUGAGACAGCUGCAUUUCACUACUUCCUGCGUGCAGCUCAGAUGGGUCACAUAGAGGGCGCUGUGGAGUCGGCAUUGUUUCUCUCCAGUGGAACCAUACAAGGAGUGAAGAGAGAUCAACAGAAAGCUGUGCUGCUACUGACGCGAGUCAGUGAAUUUAAUGGUCACCUGGGCUUCAUGGUGAGAAAAGCUCUCCAGACUUAUCAAAGAGGAUCAUGGGAUGAAGCGUUGGUGAAAUAUGCCAUGCUAGCAGAAACUGGUCUUGGUGUGGCUCAACACAAUGCUGCUUAUCUGUGUGAGGUGUUAAACCACAGAUCGCACUGUCAGUGGAGGUAUCACAACUACUCCACAUUUAAUCACAUCCCACAAGAAGCUGGUUUGUUGAGGAUGGGAGAUAAUUACAGAGAUAUGGCUGAUAUGGUGAAGGCUAUGGACAUGUAUGGUACAGCAGCAGUGCACGGCAGUCCUCAGGGACUUUUUAAUCUGGCUAUGUUAAUUGAAGAGGGUUAUGAAGUUCCACAGAACAAGCUAGAUCAGAUGUCAAUCUCAACAGCAGAGAAGAUGAACCGGAGCACUGUUGUGGAGAUGCUCUUAUACAGAUGCAGAGAGUUUGAGGAAGGUGAAGUGACUCCGUGUGCUUUAGUCCUGUGGAGGAUUCAUCUAAUGAGAGCAUGGAGAGAAUUCACACACAGCUCUGUUCAGCUGCUACUGGCCUGUGCCACUCUCACCACUCUCACUGUGUUUGUGUUUGCUGUACUCUUACGAACACUGCUGGCAGUGUGUUACUCUGGGGCGUCACUCUCAACCAACCAAUCGUUAGAGAUACAACGUGACCCAACACUAAAUGGUCAUCAGAUAAGGAGCGGUCCACUGGAGACCAGCACACAUCAGGGACAGACACAACAGCCAACUACGGCCCACAAUUGCCGUUCAUUACAGGAAACAGUGGAUUUAGUCGUCACAGUGACUGGAGUUUGUGCAUGUGUCAUAUUUACGAUGUUAAUUUCCCAUCUGCUUUGAAAAGAAAGGACAUAAUAUAAGGCAUUUCUUACACAAAAUGAACAGCAAUUAAUUAUUAUUAUUUUUUUAGUUUUUUAUAGAGCACUGAACAUCCCAGCCCAUACAGAACAAAAAAUAGGCUAUAUAUAUAUCUAUAUAAUUUUUAAAUAUAUAUAAAAACAAAAUGCCAAACAUAUUUUCGUAAAAUACAGUAUAUCUAUUUUAAAAUAUGAAUAGAAAUAUAUUUUGAAUAUAUUUUAAUUGUUUAUUUUUAUUUGUAUAUGAAUAUUUUUGGCCUUUUUUGUAUAUUUUAAAUCAAAAUAUAAAAAUAUUUUCUGGAAUAUAUUUAAAACAUUACUUUUCUUCUAGAAUAGAAAAUCUUGUCCCAUUGUCCCUAUUUUCUUCAUUCACACACAACAUUUAGAUUUCAUAUAAUGAAACAACAUGUCAACAUACGUUGUUGAAGCUUUUUUUUUUUUUCAAGUAACUAAAUAGUUUAUAUUGUGUUUACCUAAUAUUGUAUCUGCACCUCAGCCUCAUAUCCACCACCCUCUUCAAAUGUUUACGUAAUGUAGGUAAACCAAAUCUGUUUUGGUCCACACACAUUUGCAUUUCUUUCAAAAAUGUAUUUUCUUGGACAAACAAAAAGACAAACCAGAGCUCUUACACUUCAGUUUAGAAUGGCACGAACACAAGCAGAGUGAUACACACACACUGUGAAGCGUCUGAGUGCUGAUGGUGUCAGACCAUCAGUGCUCAUGGAACGUCUAUCGUCCAAUCAGAUUCGAGGACCGGAACUAACUGUUUUAUACACACACACACACACACACACACAUACAUAGUGCAGAUUUAAAUACAAAUCUGUUAUAUACAGAUGCAAGGGAAUAUAAUGGCAGAAGAGGUAGGAAAUUUUGGGUAUAUAUAAUAAGACUAAACUGCGGAUUGCACAUAAUUAUUGCUCAAUGGGGCGGUUUUAACGGAUAGCCUGAGAAAAUGAAAAUUCUCUCCUCAUUUACUCAUGUAUGACUUUCUUCUGCUGAACAUAAAUUAAGAUUUUUAGAAGAAUAUUUCAGCUCUGUAGGUCCAUAAGUGAAUGGUGACCAGAUCUUUGAAGCCUUAAAAUCCACAAAAAGACAACAUAAAAUGCUCCAGACGACUCUGGGGUGGUUAAAUCCAUGUCUUCUGAGGUGAUAUAAAAGGUGUAAGUGAGAAACAGAUCGUUAUUUAAGUCCUUUUUCCUUCACUUCCCCCUUCUUCUGUUUUUGGGCAAGGAGAAGAAUUUAUGAUAAAAAAUUACUUACAGUUUUAUCUGUUUCUUACCCACACCUGUCAUUUCAUAGCUGAACACAUGGAUUUAACCCCUUGAGUCAUAUGGAUUACUUUUAUUCUCCCUUUAUGUGGAUUUUGGAGUUUCAAAAUUUUGCCACUCAUUCACUUGCAUUGUAUGAACUUACAGAGCUGAAAUAUUCUUCUAAAAAUCUUCCUUUGUGUUCAGCAGAUAAAUAAAAAGUCAUCCACAUCUGGGAUACCAGUAGGGUGAGUAAAUCAUGAGAGAGAAUUCUCAUUUUUGGGUGAACUAUCCCUUUACCUAUAAACAUACUAAAACAUUUUUAAAACUAUUAAUGUUAACAUUAGUUUAUGCACUGUUAACUAACAUGAACUAACAAUAAACAAUUGUAUUCUUACAAGCUAACAUUCACUAAGAUUUAUUAAUGCUGUAAAAAUACUGUAUAUUGUUAGUUCAUCAUACUUGAUGCAUUUACUAAUGUUAACAAAAUGGAACCUCAUUGUAAAAUGUUGCCUCUUUUGUCAUUUUGAAUAGUUGUAAGAGUGUAGUAAAUGUAAGGGUGUAAUGGGUAAUGAUCUAGUUACCGAAAGGUUGUUUGUUCAAGCCCCUUAUGAGGUCAUCCAUGAACUAUCAUCAUUGUGCUGUUGAUUAACCCACUUAAUCUCACAUUUCUCCAGGGAUAUUGCUUUUCUCUUUGCAUAAAAGUGACAGCUAAGUGACUACUGACAUUCUUAGAAACCUAUGUUGUUUACACUGAGAAUCAUCUACAUGAGGUGUAAUAAUAUUAGAAUAUGUAUUAUUAAUUAUAAUAAAUAAUAUGAUUUGUUAUUAUGAAUAGUAAUAAUCAUUUUGUUAAUAUGAAUGUUCAUCAUUAAUAGAAUAUUCAGUGCAAAUAAAGGAGUAAUUUAAU